ACGAUGCUCACUAAUGCCACUCUGCCCUUACGCUGCGAACAUCGAAAGCUAUUGCAGUUACGAUGUCCACCGUACCGGUAAACGAUGGCCUGGAUUUCUGGACGGUGUGGUGGAAGGAAGGUAGCCAUACAUGGCAACUUCCGGCCGUUUGCAGAUAUUUGACCGAGAACAAGGAUGUCAUCCUCGCCGGAAAAGCUAACGCCCAAGUGUUCAUUCCGCUCUGUGGUAAAGCGCACGAGCUUAAAUGGUUCCGUGACAUGGGACACCGCGUGGUAGGCGUUGAGUUCGUCGAAGACAUCACACGCGAGUACUUCCGGGAGAACGACCUUGAGAUGGAAGAGUCCGUGUGCCCAGUCAUCAACUGCAAAAUACUUCAGACUCCAGACAAGACCAUCAGAAUAUUCAUUUGCGACAUUUUCGACUUCAAAAGAGAGUGCGCCGGAUACAUGGACAUUGUCUGGGACAGAUCUGGUUUCACAUGUGUGCUACAAGAGGACCGGCCAAGGUAUGCCGCCUUAAUAAAGUCUCUCCUUGCUGAUGAUUUCUCCUACGGCCUCUGGGCCGUCACUUACGACGCCCCCUGGUAUAACCGCUCCCCGCGAAGUCUGGAUGAGGCAACCAUACGUAAAUUAUACGGAGACACUGCAAAUAUCACUUUGCUUGGCAGCAGAACUAAUGCGAUCCCGCGUUUCCUCGAUGGCCGUGCUGCCGCGACUACAUACUUGUGGCACAUGACACCGGCGAACUGCUCGAAGUGAUGGAUCCCGUAGCAACGACAGAUGGAUUAUUUUCUUGCGAGAAAUAAAACAUGGUUUCCUCAU